AUGAUCGGGUUAUCUAAUGGGAUAAGGGGCUGUUGGAUAGCUAUAGGGGACUUUAAUAAUGUGAUGAACAGUAAUGAAAGAGUAGGUGGCAACCCUGUGUCACUUACUGAGAUGCAGGGAAUGAGAAGGUGUGUGGAUCUUUGUGAGCUUCAAGACCUAAAGCAGCAAGGUCUUUGGUUCACAUGGUCCAAUAAACAGGUUGGAGGAAGAAGAAUAUAUUCUAAGAUUGAUAGAGCAUUGGUCAAUGGACAGUGGAUCAUAGAAUUCCCACAUUCAUAUGUUACAGCACUGGUAGAAGGUGUCUCAGACCACUGCCCACUAGUACUGAGACUGACGGAUGCAAUUGUCAAAAGACAUAAACCGUUCAAAUACUAUAACGUGUGGAAUCAAUCGAAGGACUUCCUAAAGCUAGUAGAAGAAUCAUGGAGGGAACCAGUGGAGGGUAAAUGUAUGUUUCCAUUAGUCAGGAAACUGAAAAGACUAAAACCGGUUUUUAAAAAAUUAAAUAAGGGCCAGUUUGCUGACAUACCACAGAAGGUGGAGUUGCUUAGAAGAGAGCUGGAGACCAUUCAAGAGCAGAUUCAGGGAAAGUUGGAUGAUGAAGAUUUGAUGGAAUAUGAACUUGUUGUCUACAGAGAAUAUAUUCAGAGUAGCAAGGCAUAUGAAAGUUUCCUCCAACAGAAAGCAAAGGAGCUAUGGGGGAAGCAAGGAGAUUCGAAUAGCUCUUAUUUCCAUGCAAAGCUCAGAAUCAGAACCAUGAAGAACAGGAUCAAUUCGAUAGUAGGGGCAAAUGGUGCUGUGAUCACUGACUGGAACUUAGUCAGAGAUCAUUUCAUUGGUUGUUUUCAGCACCAACUUGGGCAAAACAGUAGCAGAGAGGUAUCACAGCUAGAGAUUUUUCAACGCGGUCAUGUCCUGAAUUGGCAACAACAAGUCCAGCUGGUGAAGCAAGUAUCCAAACUGGAAGUAAAAAAUGCCACUGGAGCAUCAAUAGCAGCAAGAGUCCAGGCUUGUACGGAUAUGGCAGUGGAUUGUACAAAGGAGCAUGGAACGUGA